AUGGCCGGGGGUGGUGGUGGUGUAGGUGGUGUUGGUGUAGGUGGUGGUGGGGUUGCUCCAUUGGGGCCCGUACCGCCGAUGUGGUAUCACCGGGACCUGAGUCGAGCUGCAGCCGAGGAGCUCCUUGCAAGGGCCGGGAGAGACGGCAGCUUCCUGGUGCGGGACAGCGAGAGUGUCAACGGGGCUUACGCUUUGUGUGUACUAUUUCAGAAACAUGUCCACACAUACAGAAUCCUCCCAGAUGAAGAAGGAUUUCUGGCCGUACAGACGUCUCAGGGUGUGCAGCCGAAGCGGUUCAAGACGUUACCGGAGCUGGUGUCUUUGUACCUGCAACCCAGCCAGGGUCUGGUUACCACCUUGCUUUACGCCGUGGACAGAGAGGAAACCGCUGUCAGUGACGACCGGGAUUAUUCAGAUGGGGAGGACGAGAAGCCGCCCCUCCCCCCUCGCUCUGCCUCUACCUCCACUCCCCCAGGACCAGACACACCCACAGAAAGCGCCCCAGCAGCUAAUGGUCUGAGCACCAUCUCCCAUGAGUAUCUGAAGGGGAGCUAUGCUCUGGACCUGGAGGCAGUCAAACAGGGUGCCUGCUCCCUGCCUCACCUCAACAAGACACUAGUGUCCUCCUGCAAACGCCUUAAUGGGGAGGUGGACAAGGUGCUGUCUGGUCUGGAGAUCCUGUCUAAGGUGUUUGAUCAGCAAAGUGCCUUCAUGGUCUCCAAGAUGAUCCAACAGUCGGUGAAUCAGGGUGGAGAUCAGGAGUUGGAGAACCUCGUGACCAAGCUGGCAAUUCUCAAAGACCUGCUGUCCUCCAUAGAGAAAAAGGCUCUGAAAGCUCUUCAGGACAUGAGUUUGUCCUCUCCGUGCUCCCUUCCUCCCCUCUCCAUGCGUCACAGCAAAGCAAUCCCUGUGCAGGCCUUCGAGGUCAAGCUGGACGUCUACCUUGCAGAGCUGACCAAGAUAGGGAAGAGUCAGAAGUACACUCUGUCUGUGGACGUGGAGGGAGGAAGACUGGUCGUCAUGAAGAAGGUGAAGGACAGCCAGGAAGACUGGACCACAUUCACAUACGAGAAAAUCCGUCAGCUGAUCAAGUCUCAGCGGGUGCAGAAUAAGCUGGGCAUUGUCUUUGAGAAGGAGAAGGACAAGAGCCAGAGGAAAGACUUCAUCUUCGCCAGUGCCAAGAAGCGGGAGGCGUUUUGCCAGCUGCUGCAGCUGAUGAAGAACAAACAUUCCAACCAAGAUGAGCCGGACAUGAUUUCUGUCUUCAUCGGCACCUGGAACAUGGGCUCGGUGCCUUCACCUAAAUCUGUGUCCUCGUGGGUUUUGUGUCGCGGCCUCGGUAAGACUCUGGACGAGAUGACGGUCACCAUCCCUCAUGACCUGUAUGUGUUCGGCACCCAAGAAAACUCAGUGUGUGAUCGUGAGUGGGUGGAGUCGCUGCGUGCCAUGUUGAAAGAACACACAGAACUGGAUUAUAAACCGAUCGCAGUGCAGACGCUGUGGAACAUAAAGAUUGCCGUUCUGGUGAAACCGGAACACGAGAACCGGAUCAGCCAUGUGGGAAUGUCCAGCGUCAAGACGGGAAUCGCCAACACGCUGGGUAACAAAGGGGCGGUGGGUGUGUCCUUCAUGUUCAACGGAACGUCUUUUGGCUUUGUGAACUGUCACCUGACGUCGGGGAACGAGAAGAUAGCGAGGAGGAACCAGAAUUAUCUAGAUAUCCUGCGGCUGCUGUCGCUAGGAGACAAACAGCUGAGCUCCUUUGACAUCUCGCUGCGCUUCACACAUCUCUUCUGGUUGGGAGACCUCAACUACAGACUGGAUAUGGAUAUACAGGAGAUACUAAACUACAUUAACAGGAAGGAGUUUGAUCCGCUGUUGAAAGUGGACCAGCUCAACCUCGAGAGGGAGAAGAAUAAAGUAUUUCUACGAUUUGCGGAGGAGGAGAUCUCUUUCCCCCCCACUUACCGCUACGAACGCGGCUCAAGGGACACGUAUGUUUGGCAGAAGCAGAAAGCAACAGGGAUGAGGACUAAUGUUCCCUCCUGGUGUGACCGCAUCCUGUGGAAGUCCUACCCAGAAACACACAUCGUCUGUAACUCCUAUGGCUGUACAGAUGAUAUAGUGACGAGUGACCAUUCCCCCGUGUUUGCUACGUUUGAGGUGGGCGUGACCUCCCAGUUUGUUUCCAAAAAAGGGCUGCCGAAGUCCUCCGAGCAGGCCUACAUCGAGUUUGAGAGCAUCGAGGCCAUUGUGAAGACGGCGAGCAGAACCAAGUUCUUCAUCGAGUUUUACUCCACUUGUCUGGAAGAGUUUAAGAAGAGUUACGAGAACGACAGUCAGAGCAGCGACAACGUGAACUUCCUACGUGUGGGCUGGUCCAACAAGCAGCUGACGACGCUCAAACCUCUUCUAUCUGAGAUCGAAUACCUGCAGGACCAACAUCUGCUGCUAACUGUGAAAUCGCUGGAUGGAUACGAGUCCUACGGAGAGUGUGUCUUAGCUCUGAAGUCAAUGAUUGGCAGCACUGCACAACAAUUCCACACCUACUUGUCCCACCGUGGUGAGGAAACAGGAAACAUCAGGGGGUCCAUGAGGGUCAGAGUCCCGUCUGAAAGGAUGGGAACGAGGGAGAGACUCUACGAGUGGAUCAGUGUGGACAAAGAUGAAACAGGCGGACCUAAAGGGAAAUCCACCCUGGUGACCAGAACAGGACAUGAAUAUGUGAAGCCAUCCGUGGUCCGUAAACAGCUUGGGGAGCUGGGGAAGGUCAGUGAGGAGGGAGAGAGGAGUGGCAAGGAGGAAACUGUUGCAAGGCCCAAGCAGGAUUCGGACAGUGAUCCAUCCAUCAGCAAGAACAGCUACAAUAAUCCUGCCUACUACAUCCUGGAGGGUGUUCCCAACCAGUCCGCAGCCGCUUUGUCCCCUGAGCUUCUCCCGUCUCCUACCUCCGCCAAUCCUCAGGCAGCUAAAGUCCCUCCGCCCUCAGCCGGGGCUCGAACCAAGCCCCCCUGUGCAGUCUCAGCACCCUCCCACCCACGCAGGCCCAUGACGGGUCACCCGGUCCGAGCCAUUAGUGAGGAGGGCACCUCAGAGGAUGACGGAGGAGCUUUAGUGGUUGGGGCGCAAGGCGGAGCCACGGUUGUAAGCACGCUGAAUCGACCCCCUCCUGACUUCCCGCCUCCUCCUCUUCCUAAAGGAGCCCUGGAGAUGGUUGCAGAGGUGCCUUUUCCUAAAUCUCGCCCCCUUUAUCCGGAUUUGGCUGAGGUCAGGAUCCCGCCAGCCAAUCCAGGUGCCCCGUUGGCCCUGGGGGAGGGUUUCAGGCGAGGAGGAGGAGGGGGAGGAGGAGGAGGUGGAGGAGGAGGUGGAGGAGCAGGGGCGUUGGAUGACCAGUCGUGCUCUGUGCUUCAGAUGGCAAAGACACUGAGUGAGAGCGAGUUUCCCGGACAGCCUCCACGUGCUCCGUCUCUCAGAGGCCAGGUGAUGGGUUUAGGUUUGGACGCCUGCCGCACCUUCCCGCCCAGAAACCCCAUCACAGAGAGUAUCGCAGAGGACCUGCCUGAGGAGGCACUUUGGGGUAGCAGUAGUUCGUCCUUGUCUGUGGGGGAAUCGUCAGUGGGAGAAUGGCUCCAGAGACUGGGACUGGAACGGUAUGAACAGGGUCUCCUACACAAUGGCUGGGACGACCUGGAGUUCCUCAGUGACAUUACUGAGGAGGACCUGGAGGAGGCGGGAGUGCUCGACCCCGCUCACAAACGAAUUCUGCUGGAGAGCCUCAGGCAGCAGCAACAGAAAUAAACUCUUCCAAACUGGUCUCGUACCAGUCCGAACCGACCUGGCACCACACCAGGUCCCAAGAGGCCAAAUCUCAGCUGAACUGAGCUGAACUGAGCUGAACCGAGCUGAAAUGUGCCAAUCGAUGCCAGACUGUGCCUUCUGAGAGAAAUUGCACUCCAUUUUUACUUUAAAAAACAAACACUUUGCUGAACCAAUGUCCUUUUUUUCAGAUGUACUGUAUGUUAUGUCAUUGUCGUAGAGGUGGCCUUAUUUAACGAUAAUCAUUUCAGUCCUUUGAGCAUCACUACAUACGUAACCCCCCUACUUUAAAAACCUAGUGAGAAGAUGCAGGAUGAGAAGGAGAGCAGCUGAUGUCUUGAGGGUUAGGGGUUAGGUCAGUGUAGAAGUCAGAGAGUUAUCUUUAUAAGUGUUGUACCAUCACUUCUGAACCGCAUCUUUAAGCUAGCGUUAAAGCUUUUCUUUACGUUAGGGGAGUGAGUUAAAGACUCCUCAGAAAUCAGAAAUGGGGAAUUUCAGCCUAAAAGAAAAAAGAGAUGCAGGCUUUUUAUGACUCUUUUGACAACUCUGUUCUUCUCAAGAGUCUCCGUUUAUUUCCCCCUCCUCUUUAAUGGUUAUAUCCAGGAAAUGAUGCGGGGAAGAAGCUAAUUAUUAGAGAGCACUCAAGGGGUAAUGUCAGCCUUAAAGCCUGAGCAGAGGAAGCCCACUGCUUCUGUAAUGGGAGACGGACAGGAAGUAGUGACAUCAUUGAGAUGUAGCGGAGAGGACCUAGCGAAAGUGAGCUCAGUUUUUCAGUUUUGUGCUUUUUGUGAUGAUGUGUGUGGGGGGCCGCUGUUGUUCAAACGGUGGCGUGUGUGUCGUCUCAGUGUCUCGGCAUGUAUUUAUGUUUUUGUUUCAUGAUAAAAGGGAAUAACGGCAAACCAAAACCAGAGAGAGCAAACCAGUCCUGAGAGCUAAAAGUACAUAUUUCACCUUGUUACAACGUUUAAGUAGCCAUGUUCACCGAUUUCUAUGUACUUAAAACUGACAUUUGGAUGAUGUUAUGAUAAAAACAAGUUCUGUUUCUGUUCACAGUCACUAUAUUGUUAACUGGUCAGGUGGCACCAAUGUGAAAUAAUACUUGAUUUGAAGGUUUUAUCCAGCACAUUUCUCAUUCUCACACACUAUAAUUCACAGAUGAAGACAUCCUAUGAUCUAGGUUUAAUGGGCUUUACAUCACAUUUCAUUUUAAUUUGUGUAAAUGGAGAAAUAGCCAAGCAGAUUAACUAAUGUUACGUCUGCUGAGGAUUUACAGUGCCAUCAUGUUGUCAUUGUCUUGGAGAAAGUAUUUGUCAUCAGAAAGUUAGUUUUCCUUUUUUGUUAUAUAAGUGAUAUGUUUUGUACACAUAGGAAAAGAUGUAACCUGUCAUUAGAUAAAGAAACAGAAAGAUCAGUGUGAUAAAGGUUUCUGCAGGACACAAAUGGUGUGAUGGCUGUUGUUGUUGUUCCCCUAAUUUAACCAGCAGGUGGUGCUGUUACUCCAUAAACCUCUUCAGUAGAAGCUGACUGUUAGAAGCAGUUUGGGGGAAAUAAGACAGAUCCAAGUCAGCUUCACAUGUUUUAUUCUCUUAACUACUUUGUUCUUAAUUUAAAUCCUGCCUCCUCCUCUUGUGUAAAGCCAGUUUAUCGUUGUUUUAAAGAGAUGCUGAUGUGGAUUCAUCUCAUCAUACCUGACACCACCUCAAAAGAUUUCUCCAAUUAAAGCUCUAAAAUAUCAUGAUACAAAUAUUUCACCAUACCAGUGGAAAAAAAGGAAAAUAAGAAUUUUUUCAACAAAUGAAUGAUCUGUUUUUGUAACUGGGACUAAAUAUGAUGAGAUGUGAUACAUUCAUAGACUCAGCUGCUCGCCUGUGUUAUGUGUGUGUGCUCUACCAGACCUGGAGCUUUUUAAAAAAAAAAACAAUGUCUCUAAUCUUUUAGUGGCUCUGCCGUUUAAAGGUUUUAAUUCUGUCCGUUGCGGCCAUUUAGCCUUUCAGUGUUCAGUUGUGUGUGUGUGUGUGUGUGUGUGUGUGUGUGUGUGUGUGUGUGUGUGUGUGUGUGUGUGUGUGUGUGUGUGUGUGUGUGUGUGUGUGUGUGUGUGUGUGUGUGUGUGUGUGUGUGUGUGUGUGUGCACAUGCGUGUUUGUGCAAGAGACUUGCCACUGCUCUUUUCUCUGACACACUCCAUUUUUUUCAUGUGGUCUCCUCAUUUGGUUGUUUUUAAGUUAAUGUAAGUCGUUUAACCCUGUACAUUUGUUUUUCCUAUUAAACU